AUGAGUGAUAAUGUUGCAAGACAAAAGUCAGCGAGGUGGGUAACCGAAGUACCAAAUUAUGGAGAUUGGGGAGAUGAAGAUUAUGAUGAAUAUAGUGACGACAAUGCUACUGAAAAUGUCACAAAUACUCAGGCACAAAUAAACCACGAAGGUUUGAAUCAGGACGAUGUGGUAUACGAAGAGGAGCCAAUAUUGGAAGAGAAUAAAACUGAACGUCCAGAAACUAUAAAUACAGGGGAUCAUCGUGAGGUGGGUGCACACACAGAGACCAAAAGCCCUUUAGUUUUGUCAAUUGAUAGGCAUGAAAAUAGAGCAGAAACGGAUAGUAGUGAAGAAGAAGAGGAUGGUGAAACCCACGGACAUACUGGAUAUGAACGGAACACAAAUGCAGAAGCAAGAGCGAAUGUCUUACCCCGAAGAACAAGCACAUAUGAGGAAGUUGUACCUGGUGCAUUUAGAGACGACGAGAAAAUUCACAAUGCACUGGUUGCUACCGCUACGAUACCCGACACCCCACAAGAGGACGAGAAUAGACUGAGGAAUGCAUACUACAGACUGGACAGAAGCGAAUUCGUUGUUCCUCCAACGCCUACAUUUAGUGAAUUCUCCGGCCACUCGAAUUAUCCGGAAACAUUCUCCGAAGCAAGCUUUCAAUCAGACUCUUCAAUUCAAAGGGAACCUGUCAAUUUAUCAGUCAAGGACUCGAAUUUAGCUAAUACAAGUGGGGUCCUUUUGGAGGAGCCGAAUGAUCUUGGUGAGAGGCAACAAGAGCGCGCAUCAGACCCCGAGAAAUUGGUCCUUUCAAUAGAUAAUAGAGCCAACAAUAUUAAUGAUGAUGACAGUACUGACGAUGAUUGGGGGUACCAAGGUAAUGAUACGUCUGAUGAAGAAGACAAUGACGAGCAUUUGAAAGUUGAGACAGAGCAAGACAUUGAUUCGUAUAUAAAUGAGUUGAGUGGUCAUGCGUCUAUCAAAAACGAUGAUGAUUCAGUGAAUGCGCCAAAGGUGGACAUAUCUGAAAUUGAGCCCAAACAUUUUGAUGCUGCAAGUCACGAUGAGAUCGACAGUCCAAUAGCUCCGUUGUCCAUCGCACAACAACACAACACUUAUUUGAAUGAAAUGGCAAGUCGAAAACUGUCAGUGAGGAAGGCACCUACUAGAAUCGAAUCUGGUGAUUAUUCAAAUUUAAUAAAUGGGUACGGUGAUGAAGAAGAGUCCAACAUUGAGCCCCAAAGUGGACACAGUCGAAAGGAAAGUGUCGAGUUUGUCCCACCCAGUAUGGACGUACGUUCUAUCCUUUCUAGUGGAUCUCUAUCCACGGGAAAACUUUCGUUAGAGUCAAGGACGUUUCAAAAGCCAGAGACAAACGAUGAUGAAGAGUUGAAUUCCCGAAGGGUUUCUCAAGCCACAUUAAGUUUUGGAAAUUGGGUACCAAAUACAGAUAACUACCGUAAUAAGUUCAUCAAUGACAAUGAUAACGAAUCAACCAUCAAUUUCGAAUCUGAUGUCGCAUCUAAAUACAACAAAUUUACAAAGGCACGCGCCGCUUCAGGACUUUCAGAUGUUGUCUCCAAUGCUAGUUCCGUGUCUGUUCCCGAAACAAUUGAUGCUGCAAUGCCUAGUAUUCAAGAGGAUACCGACGACGAAACACAGAAUGACCUGUUUGGUGAUACCAAGUCUAGCGACAGAUUGGAACCUUUUGUCACGCAAGACUCACUUUUCGAAUCUAAGCCGUAUCAAAAGCCAGUGUUUGGCGAAGAGAGAUUAACUCCUGCUGCUUCAAAAGAUAAUUUACCCCAAAAGUAUUCAAGUUUGCUUCCAAUGCAAGAAAGAAAAGCAUCAGAUGGCUCAGACGAAAUUGCUACUCAAUCAAGGACGGUAUCAGCUAAUAGCAAUUCCACGACUGUUGUUACAUCAGCACCUACUACCUCCUCAACAACCGAUUUCAAGCCAAGAUCAUAUCCAGUUUCUAACUGGAAGACCAUAGUCACAAUAUCGCAACCAGUUGAUCGAAUAGCUGCGUUCAAAAGAGCGUUGGCAGAUGAAGCGGCAUACGAAACUGGCUUGCAAUAUUGGUUGAACUACACUUUGAAACAGAGUCCAGAUUCUGGUAACAAUAUCCAUAUUGGUCGUAUAGCCUCCCAGGCUUAUCAAAAUGCUACUCACAAUGAUCUAAGAAGACAUGGAUCCUUAAGAAGUAAGGUGAAUGUGAUGAAGGACAAAGUUGAGGGUACAGGAUCUACAGCUUCCAGCUUUGGUAAAAAGCUAUUUAGUCGUAGUAGGAAAUUUAUUUCUGGUGAUAAAUAG